ACGCUGGAAGCUAGGUGCAGCCUCCCUCGACACCUCCACGUCUGUGGUCUGUCCGGCCGUCGUCCCAGCGUUGGUGCUUCGGUCAGAGCAGGCAAACACAACACCCAUGCCGAUUACCCGCUGUUGGCAAUUAAUUAAGGAGAAAGAGAGGCAGAAGCGCACGGCACGAGGUGGCGACAGGCAAGGGGGGAGCGCCGGACGCCGAAUCCUUCGUGUCCGUUGGCUGGACGACUCGACCAAACAAACAACCGCCCGCCUUUUAAAACCGUCCCCCACUCGAUCGCCCCCACUCUCCCCCCGCACUCCGAUCGCCCCAGAAAGUGGAAGCCCACGACGACGAAGACGAAGAGCUCGGGCGUUCAUGGUGAGGUCUCACCACAGCCACUCCUCCAGCAUCCAUGAUGUCACCUACAGCUGCGGGUACUGCGGCUACGCGCUGAACCUGUGCUCCUCGGCGCGGAACACGGCGGGCAUCGGCUCCACCAAGUACGGCAAGCAGAUCAAGAAGGGCGUCGUCGCCUUCCUGGCCGUCGACGAGACCCGCUUCACGCGGGCCGACGAGGUCACCUGCGCGCCCCACUUCCGCUCCGCCCGCUCCUGGGGACUCUUCAGGAGGAGGUCGCGCCUGCUCUGCCGCAAGUGCGGCGGCCGCAUCGGCGCCGUCUACGAAGAGGAGAAGGAGGAGGACGACUCCGCUGUACUGUCUGAGUACGGCGGCUCGGAUGAUGAUGACCUGCCCACGAGCUCAGGUAGCAGCGGAGGCGCGUCCAGGCGGAGGAACUUCGUGAUCAGGAUCAGCGCCCUGCAGCCCUCGUCCGAUGAUUCUGCUGCUGUUCCCUUCUCUCUAUGACGAAUUGACGAUGGUGCGAGUUGCCUGUGGGGAAUGGGGAUUGGUGGAAGUGUAUACCGGGACAAGGUUGCUGAAUUUUGUUUUUAUGCUGAUGUCUAUAGAUGACCCGUUUGAUGCAUGUAAGUUGAUCCCACAGCGUUUGAAUCAUGUAAUGAAACCCACCGUGGUUGCAAUUUUGAGUCACCUUGUAUAUAUCAAUGGCUUAAUUCUAGCUUUCUGUGUGUGUUUUUUCAUUUCA